CAAAUGUCCUACCUACGGCCGCUCGAUGGUUUUUGUUUCAAAUUGACAGGAUCACAUUUACAGCUGGAUUGCUUGAGAUUUAUAAAACAUUUUCUCAGUCGGUUUGAGAAUUUCAUACAAGUAAUAAGCAGCUGUCCUGUCACAAUGACAGCGUUACAGUAUAACUACGUCAUCUUCACAAUCCAUAUGUUUCAGCAGUGAGCAGGUACCGUGCCAACCAGGAAGGUCUUCAGCACCAUUAUACAGAGAUGCGACUUGGAAGUGGACUUUGUGACCCUUGUUUGGUGUUGCAUUUUCUUCACUUGUUUUUGGGAUUUGCCAGAACAGAAUGUGACACCAGCCUACAUUUAUUUCCGUGAAGCAGUUUGAAUAAGCAAGGCCUGGAAGACGGCAAGUUGAAUGGAAUGGAACAGCACAGCGAGUGGCUGCCGCCGUAAGUGAGCCCUUUUGUGGCGGCCACUUUUUUUUAACCCAAAGUACCAAAGCAAACUGUGAGUCCAAUGCAGGAGAGGAUCCUAGGCACUGUCUGUGGCUGAGUGAUGUUUGAAGUUAAAUCCAUGACUGUGGUGCACAAAGAGACGGGACCCAUCACUGAUGUGGUCUGCAGUGAGGAUCUUCCUGAGACAGAGCUGGUGGGCCUUCUGGAAAACCAGCUGCCCCAGUACCGCCUGCAGGCCGACUCCCUGUACCUGUACGACAGCCAGGACUGGGUCCAGUCACCCACCGACUCCACCGGCGACGUCUCCAGUGCUCUCUCACCAGUGCUGGCAGAGGAGACCUUCCGAUACAUGACCUUCCUUGCGUUGGAGCCCCACAGCCUUUCCCAAGUUCAAGGUUCAGACAGAGUGGCGCAGAUGACCAAAACCUACAAUGACAUCGACAUGGUCAUACAUCUGCUGGCUGAGCGCGAUCGGGAUCUGGAGCUGGCAGCUCGGAUAGGCCAGUCCCUGCUGCAACGCAACCAUGUACUGGCUGAACGGAGCGAGGUCCUGGAGGAGCAGCUGGCUCAGUCCUUCGACCAGGUGAACCAGCUGCAGCAUGAGCUGUCGAAGAAGGACGAGCUGCUGCGCAUCGUGGCCAGUGCCUCGGAGGAGAGCGAGACCGACUCCAGCUGCUCCACGCCGCUGCGCCACAAUGAGUCCUUCACUAUGGCUCAGGGUCUCAACCAGCUGGAAGCGCUGCAGAGCAAACUGAGGGAUAUGGAGGAGGAGAACCUGGCCCUGCGCUCCAAGGCCUGCCAUCUGAAGAUGGAGACCAUCACUUCUGAGGAGAAGGAACAGCAGUUGGUCAGCGAUUGUGUGCAGGAACUCGGGGAAUCCAACAGCCAUAUGGUGAGGCUGACGGAGGAGCUGUCCCAGAAGAACGAGGAUCUGGUGAGGCACCAGGAGGAGAUCGCAAACCUGCUGUCCCAGAUCGUGGACCUGCAGCACCGCGUCAAAGAGUUGGCCAUUGAAAAAGAAGAGCUGAAAAUACAUCUGCAAGCCUCCAAAGUCGCUCAGCGCCAACUCACAGCAGAGCUACAUGAUCUUCAGGAUCUGAAUGCAGAGUGUCUGGGAAUGCUCCAUGAAUCCCAGGAGGAGAACAAGGAGCUGCGGAGCAAAACCAUGGCCACCACCUCCAUGAGACGCCACCAAUCCUACGGGAUCUUCCCCAUGGACUCCUUGGCUGCGGAGAUUGAAGGGACGAUGCGCAGGGAGCUCAGUGUUGAGGAGGAGACCUCUUUCCAUGACCAAAGGAACAAACAGAAACGGGUUUUUGACGCUGUCAAGACUAUAAACGAGAUGGUACGGUCUCACUCCCCCAUGACUCUCCGCCCGCUGCCCAUCCCUGGAUCAAACCAAACCAACGUCAUCAUGAUGGCACAGCCCUUCCUGUCUGGGGACAAGAGCAGCACUGAGCAGGCAACACACAGCCCCAGGGAUGGGCACAGGCUGGGACAGCCCAGCAGCCCUGGCAGCAGUGACCUGGGGGCGGCGCUGCACCGGCUUUCCCUGCGUCGGCAGAAUUACCUGUGCGAGCAGCAGUUCUUGGAGGAGGAGCAGGAGAGGAAGCUGCAGGCUCUGGCAGAGGAGGACGGGGAAGGCAGCGGCUGCAGCACGGGGACAAACCGCUCCGACUACACCGAUAUAUCGGGGACUUCCAGCAGCUUCAGGAGCUUCCUGCCUGAUAAACUGCAGAUUGUCAAACCAAUAGAAGGGUCCUUGACUCUGCACCAUUGGCAGCAGCUGGCUCAGCCACACCUGGCCACCAUUCUAGACCGCCGACCUGGGGUCGUCACCAAAGGCUUCAAACCACUGCUGGAGGACAGAGUGUACCACAUAUCAGACCUGGAGGAGGAUGAGGAACAGAGGGCAAAGAGGGAAGAGGAUGAGGAGGAGGAGGAAGGAAUCACCUUCCAAGUCCAAUAUACCUCAACGCCAGAGGACAAGAAACGAGCCCCCCAGGAAGAGGAGAGUCCUCCAAACAUCUUCCUACCAAAGUCCCAAAUCCUCAGCACUACAGCCCCCUCUUCUGCUUAUAACCCAGGAAAGUGUCUUUCCUCAACCCACUCUACCUACACCUUCACAAACUGCAGGAUUCUUCACCCAUCUGACAUCAUUCAGGUCACACACAGCUCCAUGUAUGCACCUCUGCCCCUCGGAGACAGCACUCCGAGCUCCAUGAGGACCAGUCCCAGCACUCCGGUCACGUCCUGCCACAUGAGCCUGGGAGAGGCCUUCACCCACCGGCGCAACUCCACCACCACCCUCAGCACCACCAGCGGCCUGGCCAAACUCCUGCAGGAGCAUGGAAUCUCCGCCCAGGUGUACAGCAGCCCAGUCUCGGAGACUCCAUCCCCCAUUCGGAGCCCAAGAAAAGCAGCCUCUCUCCCUGCUCCUCCCUCCACCCCUCCCAACUCCCCCUCCCACUCCCCGUGCGGUUCCCCUGUCCCCUUCGAGCCUCGCCAGGAGAACUUCCUGGCGUCGCGGCCGGCCGAGGUGUUCCUGCAGGAUGUGUACGGCCUCAAGCCCAGUCGGAGCCGGCCUGACCUCACCCAGAACAGAGUCAAUCUGGUGGAGAGGCUCAAGAGGAUGGGCUUCACCAAGGUGCUGCAGGCAGGGCCCGAGGGGGGCCUACAACGCCAUGAGCCUGCCCUCUUCGUGACCACUGGAGGAGGAAGCCUGCUGGACGGGUUGAGGAGGAACCAGAGCCUGCCGGCCAUGAUUGGAGGCCUGGGACCCACUGUGAGCAGCCCCCUUGCAGUCCCCCUCACUCUCCCACGAAUGGACAGCAUGAGAGAGGACAGGGUUCCCGAGAUCAAAUCGCCAGCAGGAGAGACAGCUGAUUGAAACGGACCAACCUAAAGUAGAAAAAGUGAGGAAGGAUUUGUUAAUAUAAAGAGCGAGUAGCAAAUACAGGAAAGGUUAUAAACGAACACACAAAGACAUAAAACAACAAAAUCUGUCCAUUUCCAAAAAUACCGGUUUCAAUUUCAAAUCACAAAAGCUUACAAUUACAGUUGUACUGAAUUUUCUAAAUGUUGACCAAGCUUGUAAAACAUGCUAUAAGCAAACAAUUCUGUUAAAUGCAAAACUGAAAAUAACUGUUAGAUUUAGUAAACUGUAAACUGUAUUGGACACACUAAUACUGUCUAAGUAGUUCCUGUAUUGUUACAGUAUGUGCUUUUUUUUUUUUAAUUAAUUUUUUUAUGGGAAGUUAAGUUGUGUUCUUGAGGUGUUGCAGUUACAGAAGGAAUGUGGAAGUUGAAAAGGGUAAGAGAAGGUUUGAAAAGAUAGUGUGGGGAAGGGAGAAAGAGGUAGGGAAUCAAAAAGCUGAAGGGAAGGUAGAUAAGAUAAGAGAUGGAGAUAGACUUGGGAUGAGGUAAAGUGAAGGCUCUAGAAAGUAACCCCCUUAAGAAAUGGCUAAGCGGUCCUUGUUAACAAGACCACAUCUAACUCCUUUUAAAUAAAAUAAAGGCCACUUUGCCCAAGGCAAACUUGUGUCCACUUGGCGGAAAGCUGUGGGUUAUUAACCCAGCACUCCCACCACUGGUGACGGCAUGUCUGAAGAAACAUUAUGGUAAUUAAACACUAGUAGCAAAACUGUUUUAAAAAGCUUAAAGCGCAUUUUUUAACAAACAAAUAAUGGUGUACACAGACAGGUGACCUAUUGAUUUUACGCUUUGUUAUAACUCCCUAAUGAACUGUGUCAAGGGAAAUUCAAAAUAAUUAAAAGACAAAGCUGGGGGGGGGGCAGCCUUUUGGAGUUCUGGAACAUUCUUCAGUGGCGCUCAGAUCCAGUUAUGCUGUCUGGCUCUCAGAAUUCUAGCUUUUUGUAUAUUUUAUUUUUAAGUGACAAGUGUGAGAUUCUGGUAAUCCAAGCCUACUUGUCUAGAAGCUGCUUAUUUUAUUGACAUGAAAUCAAAGCUCCCUCUAAUUUCAUUGGACCACAUUAUAAGGCAUGUAAAACAUUCCAAGAGUUUUAAAAAAUGAAGGAAUGCAUUGGCAGAGGUUCUCCUGUUUUUAAAAGAUAAUGGUUUCUGUCAAUGAUCAACAUGUUGCUAUUUUGUACAUUUCAAAAGAAUUGUUCUCCUAACCUACUGGCAUGGUACUGUCUUCUUUUCUUGUUAUAAUUCCAGAGUUGUAUCAAUUUGUGCAAGAUUAUAUUAUAUUACAAGUGUUUAUAUACAGUUAAUGAGUAACUUUGCAUUCUCAAAGCAUGUUAAGAUUGUUGUAACUUUUAAAUAAUGCAUUUUAUUAAACGUUGUGAAAUGCAAACUCUGGGUUUGUUACGUAGCAUUUUCCCACGGACAGAGUCGCAUGUGUGAAUGGAAGGCAGAUUCUGAGCUUCUCCAAUAUAACACUGUGGUCAGGAGACACUGUUAAGGGAAAACCAGUACUGCACUAUAGAGGGUUUCCUUAUACUGCUCUGCUUGGCUAUGGGAUAGGCAAAAAGAAUGCAAACGAGUGUGUUCAUAUAUUUUAUAUUUUCAGUAUUAUAGGAAUAUUAUAGGACAUUUUUACAACAUUACACAAACCUCUACCCCUUAUAACAAAUAUUAAGUAAAAAGUAUUGAAGUGUUUAGUCAAUAGGAAUCGUUCCCUUUGUAAGGAGGACCCCGCACCCCAGCUUUAUCUGUUAGUCGUCUUAGUCAACCAUUAAUCAUAUCUGUGCCGCCCACAUGGGAAAAGAAACCAUAUGUUUGCUGAAUACCAGAUCUAGUGACUGUUCUUGAACCAUAUUCCACAGGGUUUUGUCUCAAGGUCACCAACCUGACUCUCCUCUUCAGUCCUGAAUGUCCAGCCCAAGUGUUGUGUAUUGUUCUAGAGGAGUGUGUGCUAGAAUCGUGUGACAGACCCCCAUGUGUAGGACUGUUAGGGUCCUUAUAGGAGCAUGCUUGGAUUUAGAUCUGGGGAGCGGAUCUAAAACCAUGUGGCAUUGUGAUGGCAGCUGAACCUGUAGUUGCCUUAGCCACCUGCUCAUCGUUCUUCAGUAUAAUGAGUUUGGAUAGUUUAUCCAGUGUACUGGGUAUAAAGCAUGUUAAGAACAAACCGAUACAGUGCUCCCUUGAUAAUUGACUAAUUUGGUUAUUCCAUGUUGACAGUAAAUUGUAGAAGCGUUCUAUUUUAUUGUAUAAGGACCCUUCACUAAUUCAGUGUAUUCAAUAUUUAAUGAUUUUUUUGACCUGAAGAUCAGGUAGCGAAAUAAAGAGGGAGCGCUGUAGUUUGCUUUUAAAAUGAAGAGGAUCAAAAAUAAACAGGAAAUCCAUGUUAACAAUUCAAAAUAUGACUUAUUAUUACUGUUGUUUGUUGCUUUAUCUUACCAGGGCAGCUGUUGACAAUUUAUUACCGUACAUUCUCAAAUUAACAAUCCUUGAACAAAUGCUGCAGCUGUUUUGGUCAAUUUCAAAUAAAUGCUGCUGCGUUCAUUUGUAGGUACAGUACUGUGCAAAAGUUUUAGGCAGGUGUGAAAA